CCUGAAAAAACUAAAACUCGUGAGUUGUUUCCAUCUGACGAGAGCCCAGAUAGCAAAGCUACUAAACGUAGCACCACACAAGCUUGAAGUAUGCCUCAGCGAAUAUCCAUAUCCGUAUGACGACGAGGAUUCAUAUGCGGUGGACAACGAACUCGUGGUCUCUCUGAUUUGUCGGAGCGUUGCUUAAGCAAGUUCUCUCCGUCAAAGACAAAGAGAUGAUUGACGAUCGACACGUCGAUUGGCUUGAAUCUCUGAGUAACUUCUCAACAGCGCAAUCGCUUCGCUUGCAUGCUCCACCAGAACCAGAUAGCAUGAGUGAGUUUGAGAGUGAGGCCAUUACGGGUCCCUUAGUGAAUGUUCUCGAGACCAACUCCAAACUGAAAACUCUUGGCUUGGAUCCAAAACUGCUCCCCAAAGCAGGUCCCUUCUGUCAACAGUUGAAGAGAUGCAAGCACCUGACUGAAUUGUACAUGGUCAAGUUGGCCAGUAGCAAAGAAGAAUACCUCUACUAUUUUGAGCAUCUUGCAUCAGCGCUGUCGAGUUCGGAUGUCGUUACAGAAGACCUCGGAUAUUGGAACGAUACUUCGAGUGGGAUACCUCGGAGUCUGUCGCCUUGUGGCCCAUCUAACGUUGAUUGCUUUGUGGCCCUGAACAAGAGUGGCCGUCUUAGGAAACUGGUGGAUUAA